GUAAUAGUAAGCUUUCCACUCCUGUGCUCGUACCAUCACCAUGAUGCCCUCAAUACCCUGGUCGGCAGUGCGGAGGACAGAACCAGGUGUCAGAUUUCAGGAAGAAGUGUAGGUCAUCGGUCCACCUUUACGGUCCAUGAUACAGAGGCGGGAGGCGGAAUAUGAAUUGGACUCGGACGACAUUGAUGAUGCUUCGCUAGCUGAUAUUUAGCGCGAACCAAGGCGCUCUCAUGGGGCUACGGGACGAGAACGCACCUUGAUGACCUCGCUGAAAAACAAUGGUCAGGUGGAGGUCUACUGAACUCGGUUGCUAAUAUGGCAAAUUCAAUCCUCGGAGCUGGAAUUAUUGGUUUGCCGUACGCAGUCAGUCAAGCAGGCUUCUUUCUUGGCAUCGUCCUUCUGGUCGUUAUUUGCGCCGCCACCGAUUGGACUAUCCGAUUGGUUGUAAUCAACGCCAAGCUCAGCGGCAGAACAUCUUACAUCGAAGUCAUGAACAGUUGUUUCGGCCCCAGUGGCCGCGCAGCCGUUUCAUUUUUCCAGUUCUCAUUUGCUUUUGGUGGGAUGUGCGCAUUUGGUAUUAUUAUUGGAGAUACGAUACCCCAUGUCAUUCGUUCAAUAUUCCCCACUUUGCACACGAUACCUGUUCUCUCAAUGCAGGUCCAGGACAAAAUUUAACUCAACCGUUUCAGGUGAUCGAACAGUACUUCUUCUCUCACGAAAGCUAUAAUGUUCAGCAACACGUAUUCUUCACCUCCACCAUUCUCUUCGCAUCGAUGCUUCUCUCGUUGAUCACCUGCGAUCUG